CGUCGUCGCUCUCGGUCAUCAUGCUCGUCGUCUUCACCACGCCUUCACGUAGUGGAAAUCGUGACAAGAAGAAGGACAACUUGGAAGCGGAAGCGCCUAUGGCCGUGAAGAGAGGACGUCAUCAACCUUCGAGGGGAAGUGCUGCGAGGGAUGACGAGUGGGUGAGGGAUUUCGAGGGCGCGGGCGACGACGAUGACUUCGUGUCGGAAACCGAGGUGGAAGCCUUCAGGCAAGCGUCUUUGCAUGCACGAGGGGCGGUUCGAAUAAACGAGCCGCGACCGCAAUCUGCUCCUCAACCCCGCGGCGGGGAGGGGGUUCGCAAGGCUGACGUCUUCAUCGAUGUGGACGCUGGUCAAGCGGCGAUGGAGGUCCAACUGGAUGCUUCUCCGCGGACGGCGCGUGCAGGGGGGCCCGUUGCGACGACACGUGUGACUGCGCCGCCUGACGCUCAAGAUUUCGAACGGGGCGGUGCCAUGGCGGGAUCAUCUAGACCGACGAUGGUUGCAGCAGCCUCAAAGAGCCGUGGGGAAGGCGACGACGACGAGCCUUUGGUGAACAGGCAACGACGGGGGAAUGCAUGGGAUGGGAUUGAAGCUGCAACGAAGUUGUGGGUGGAUGACAUGAGGUUUAGGAAUGAGACGAAGGGCAAUGGACUCUUCAAGGUCAUCCAGGAAGCGCAACUUUAUUUUCUGGCCAUCGCCAGGGGAGUCACCACUCCCGAGAUCUGUCGGAGUAUAGCCCUCCCUCACUCAAGUAUCCCGCAAUACAAGAUCGAAGACGAACUACAGCUAAAGGCGGCGAAAAACAGGGCGACGAAAGUGCAGAGCAUCGCCUUGCGCGUCAUCCAUGGAUGGAUCUUUAAGUCCACGAGUCUCUCACGGGGCUACCACUCCGCAUACGGGUACUUCCUCCACCACGAGGCGAUGGACAUGGCCCGCGUCGUGUGGCUUGGAGAGGACUGGUGCACGUAUGUGAGCCCCUCUAUCUUCCACAUCACACUGGAGAUGGACAUGAAGCUCCCCGUUUGGUUCGUCGGCGCACACAUUGAGGACAGAUACGAGGAUGACGAGUUGGCAUGCUACCAAGAGGCGACCGUGCUGCGCCUGGUGAGCGCCUUCACAAGCGCCGUCAGUCUCGUGGAGGGGGUCGACGGGGGGUGCAUCUCUUACGCGACGCUAAGGAACAUUGCCGACGUUACGAGGCUUUUUCUUGCGGCAUCAAUGGGGCUGAUGAGGAUGAGCAGGGACGAUCUCUGUUUCCAUUUCAAUGCGUCGUUGUUCGUGCAGCUCAUCGCGAAGCCCACACUGGUGGCGGCCAUGCAUCGAUGUUUCGAUGCUCGUCGCCCUAUCCUUCGGGCAACCACUGUCAUGACGGAGAGGAUGGGGAAACCGCCAUGAUGUUGGCAGAACCACCUUUGUACAUCCCGGACUGGGCUGACUGUGGGAUCACAUCUGGCCAUGACGCCACUCU